GGCGAGGGCCGAGGCGGGUCUUGUCGAGGCGGACUCCGGUCUACGGCCAGCAGCCUGAUGACCCUGGGCUCGGCGGGGUGGCACGGACCCGUCCGAAGCGCCCCCCUUGGCUGGUUGUCCCAACCAGGAGGGCCGUGGGGCGAGGGAGGGUCGGGCAGGCGCUCUCCGCCGACGGAGCCGAAGGGGCGGCGGGGAAAGGCAGGAGCGUGGGGCUUGAGCGCCUCCUCCGGCCCCGUGGUUUCGGCAGAGAGCGGGCCUUGCCCUGGGGUGGGCGGGGAGGCGGCUGCCAUGGCGACGGGCGUAAAUCGCUCGGUUGGGUCAGGCGCUUCAUGUGCUCGGGAAGCCUCGGCGUCCGAACAGGCAGGUUUCGCCUCGGGAGGGGCCUCGAUCUUCCUCAUCAAGUGGCCGCCCCGAGGCUUGGUUUGGAUCCUCCGACUAGAUCAGGAAAGUUGGUCUGAGGCUGCUUUGCAGGCGAUAACUUCAUCGCCUGCCCCGGCAGAUUUGCAUUCUUUCCAUUAAGGAACAUCCACAAUGAGUGACAAAAAAGACACUAGUGAAUCUUCAGACACUGGAGGUCCCACAGAUGGUGGGGACUAUGAAGAUGAUUUUGAAAAAGAUCUUGAAUGGCUAAUUAAUGAAGAAGAAAAACAAAUCUCUAAUGAUAUACAGAAUCAUGAUGAAAAUGAAGGUGUUGACAAAGACUUAGAAUAUAUAGAAGAUAGAAUAAAUUCUCCACAAGAAUCUUUGGAAGGUGAUGAAGUGGGAGGACAUCUUUCACAAGAGCCUCCUGAGCCUGAGGAAGUUCUGGAUGAGAAGUCACAAAAUGAAAUUUAUUCAAUACUUGAACUUAAUCCUAAGCAGUUGGAGCAAACAUCUGAUUCUGACAGUGAAGGUUCCUCUCCGGAAUCAAAGCUAGAAGACCAGGAGGAUGAUGAUGAAGAUAUAAAGCGGUACAUCUUAGAAAAAAUUGAGGAAGCCAACAAACUACUUCUUUCUCAGGAACCUUUAGAUGAAACGAAAGAAAGGAAGCUAAAAUUCAAGGAUGAUCUAGUAGAUCUUGAAAUCCCCUCUUUGAAAGCUUUAGAAACUGAAAAAAAUGAUUCCCACAGGAACAUUUCAGGCAGGCUGUCUCAAUUGCACAUUUGUAAUGGAAAGGAGGAUAUUUCUCUUUCUAUUAAUGGCGGUACAGAUGAUGAGCACAAGGAUGGUAAGAUCCUAGUAGAAAGAGAUGGGAAAUUUGAACUCCUCAGUAUCCAUGACAUUGAGAGCCAAGGCUUCUUUCCUCCACUAAGUGUUUCUUUUAGUGACAUUGAAGCUCAACACAUUUCUCCUAAAACCUCCUACAGUACUGCUUUCAGCCCUGUCUGUAUAACAAAGGAAGACUCCUUAGGACUAACUUCUGUGACCAGAGAAGGGUGCAUUCGUGUCCCUCAACCACCACCCAUUCGACCAUGCUCAGCAAUCAACAUUACAAGAAACACAGAAAGGGGGAAAAGUCCACGAAGGGUGCAGUCAGCAAAUGUGAGUCUCGGUGCAAGAAGCUCUACAUACUGCCUGUCACCCAGGCAAAAAGAACUGCAAAAGCAAAUGGAACAAAGAAAAGAGAAAUUAAAGAAAGAGGAAGAAAUUCGGAAAAGAAUAGAGGAGGAGGAGAAAAGGAGAGAGAAUGACAUGGUCUUCAGAGCUUGGCUGCAGAAGAAAAAAGGGCAGCUGCAGGAAGAGAGACGAAUUCAGAGGGCAAAACAGCUGGAAAACCUGAAUAGCAGACAGGAAAGCAGAAAUCCAGAAGCAGCUUACAGGUCAUGGCUUAGAAAAAAGCAGGUAGAACACAUGAAGGAAAAACAGAUGCAGAACAUGAAAGAGCAGGAAGAAUGCAUGUUUUUCCUUCCAAGAACAUCGGAAAAUGACAAGGCUUAUAAACAAUGGCUAAAAAGGAAGAGACGGGAGAGGCGAGAAGAGCAAAUGGCUGCCAAAGAGCGAGCAAGGCAGCUUAGGCAGGAAGCCAGAAGAGCAAAACAAAUAGAGAACAUUCUCUGUUCAAUUUCUGAACCAAAAUCUCUUCGCUUCUCGGACCAGUACAGCUGAGAUUUAGAGUCACCGGAUGCCUCUAGUAUGACUCUCACAGUACCUUGUAUAGCUUGCUCUUGAAAGCAGCUUCUUCUGGGAUGUUUCAUAGUCCUUCAAUAACGGCUUAAUUUUCUCAAUCUUACUAAUCUCUCCCCCUCUUAAACUUGGAAUAAGUCUCUAUUUGUGAAUGGGUUGGGGUGGUGUUCUUAGUUCUACAGAGCAAAAAACAGAAUAAAUGCCCAUAUGGCAAUUGUGGUGUAAAUCCUUUUUAAAUAACUUGGCUAGGGGACCAGUGUUACCUUCAUACCAAGUAUUUUGUGUAAAAGCUACACUUAAACUACUGUCACAGCUGAUGGCAAUGUGCUAGCACAUAGCACUAAGGACUUUACCAACAACUAGUUGGCACUUACUCCUGGACAUUGCAGUUUCAAAGUUCUGUCCUGAUGUUCUUCCCUGUUGUACUGAUCCUGAAUAGGUAGUGGAGGGGGCAGUGUGAAAAUAACAACUGAAACUUAAAGGUAUACACCAUUUCUAAAGCACUGUUUGCUCAUUUGGGGGUACUUACUGCGCAUAAGAAAUCUCAUCCUUUCCUAGCACAGAACCAAUGGAAAUGUGCACAGACUAAUUUACUGCACUGGUGAAGGUAGGUAAAUGUUAGGGAAUGGUUCUUGUGCUCAGAACACAACUAGUAAAGUGCAAGGUGCUCUGAUACUGUCCGACAUUAUUCUUACGUUUUUGUCAAUUUGUUCUCACCCAUACAGCAGGCAUUUGAAGAUAAACAUUUGUUUACUACUGCAAAAACAGCACACAUAAUCAUGCAUUAUUCAUUUUAAUUGUCAAGUUACUUAGCAAAGGAUGUUCACAUAUACCAGCUUUGGAAGAGGUAGAAAAUUCCCCCUGCAAAAUAUGCAGCUAACAUUUAUUGUAAAAUUGUCAAGAUCAGAGUAGGCCUAAACUGCAGCAUGUCUCAAUCCAUAUAUUCUGUUAACCAAACAUAGGUUGUUGCAUGCAGACACAGAGCAGGUACACCUGCUUAGUAUUUCAGUGUAAUGGCAACAUGUUAGCAAUGUGAUUGUCCCAGAAAUGAAAGGAAAAGCCUCUUCUUUUACAUAUAGCAGUAGGCCCUUUUUUACCUAUUUCCAAAUUAAAAGAUGAGAAAGGAAUCCUCAAGGCUUAUUUCUCUAAAAGUACAGGUAGAAGAGCAGUUCUGUCACAUUUAAUAGCACCAAUGAAAUAUGUCCUUAUAUAAGGUCCACCAGGAAUACUUAUAGGCUGUAAAAGCUGGUUUAUAGAGAUACAUAAUUCACUGAGAAUCACCUCUAAUAGUUUGACCUAGAAGCUUGUUGCUACUCUUUGGCUUCAAUUUUUGUGCAUGCCAGAAUUCAUUUUUGCCUCAAUCAAUAACCAAAUUCAUUCAAGAUCAGUUUCUAUCAUAGUAAGAAUGCUGAGCUCUCACAUUUUCACCUGCUAUGUAACAAUUGCUAUAAUAGCACUAGAAACAGAUUCUAAAAGAUACUGAAGCACAGCACUCACUAUUAUUCUAAAUUAAAAUAAAUACUUAAACUAGUUAUCUGAACUUCACAGAAAUGAAAUCCAAAUGCCUGAUGCUGGUAGGGUUUCUAUAAUACUCCACUUCAGCCUU